CUCGGUGUAGUGCUCUGUAAACUUUCGACUGACGGGGCUGCCACAAUGGCGUAACAGUUUUGAAAAACGUAGUGCAACAAUAUAAUAUUACUUUGGGAGGACGUUCAAUUUGUGCAUAUUUCUUUCGCGCUAUAAACGAAGAACUGACUAGUUCGUACGAUUUUAAGGUGAUCCAUUGUUAUACAUCUUACUGAAAAUAAAAGUGAAUGAAGUGAAUGUGGAUUUACUGUAGAGUAUUUCUAAUGCUUUAUUGUGAAUACUUAUAGGAAAUUCUAAUACAGCAUUGCUUAGAAGAAUCACUUAAAUAUCACUUUUAAAAACUUCAAAGGAAACAAUGACUUGUUAAGACAUUAAAGUAUUAAGCACUGGACUAACUUCUAAGGGUGAACAUAUAGAAUAUCUCUAUAGAGUCAGCUGCAAGGAACAACACAAUAGAAGUAUUUAGAAGUCAGACAACUUUUUGAAUCUAUGCGAGAUUGGCUACCUGGCAGUGCUGCCACUAAAUGUCGAAGAUAACGAGUCGUGUGACAAGGUAUAUAAAUUUCUUUGCGAUAUCACUGACUAGGAAAGAUACAGACGAAUUCAUCGCAGGCGUCAUCACACCUCUCAGGAGGUAAACACACCAGUCUAACCUUGAAUAUUGUUCUUGCUACCAUGAGGCUGUUCAUCCUGAGUGUAUUGUUCACUUUGUCAUCAGGCGUGAAAAGACACCCCUUUGGAGAGAACUCGGCACUAUCCACUAAACCCAAAUUCAGUGACAAGAAUCCAGGCUUAGAACUACCUUGUGGGGAACAUUUCGUGCCCCUGAAACAGAAGUUCUUCAUAAGUUCUGACACCGCGCCUAAUCACUGUCAGUGGAAAUUUGUGGUGCCGGCGAACAACGUCGUCGUCAAAAUUCGGUGCAACGUUCGAUUGCGUCAAAGCAACAAUUGCAAAGAUGCUUCACUCCGGAUCUUCGAUGGUUGGAGAUCAAAGCACAAAUACUGCGGGAGACGCCAGGACGUCGUGAGCCGCAGCGCGACAGGCAUCAUGAUCGUAACGGCGAAAGCCCAGACUCGUAAAUUCACCAGCGAAGAAUUGGGAACAUUCAGCUGUGAAGUCAGCUCUGAGCUCUCCGUGAAUUUUUUCGUGAAGCUCCCCGAGAAACAACUGACAACCCCGUCGCCUCUUCCACCGCCCCUGUUGCUCCUGGAAAGAAUCUUGGCCUAUAUGACCAGUGACCCAAAUGAUUAGAGGCGAGGACGUCGGUGGUAGUAGGGAGAAUGAACCUGAUGUCUAACUUACUUUGUGAGGGUUACUGUUAAAUACACGAACUUCAGAAAGAGAGCUCAUUUGUUAUAGAUCAUAUCAGUAAUACUUUAAGUUCCUUCAGCCAUUUCUGUGCUGAAUUAAUUUGGACUUGUUUACAAAACUUUGAAAAAGGAUAAAUUAUUUUCUUU